GGGGGGCCUCAAGAGCUAUAAGUGGCCUGGCCAAGGCCUUUGCAUGGGUCUCCAGCCAUGUUACUCCUUGGGCUGCUGCUGCUGCUGAUCCUGCUGGCCGGCGCCCGCCUGCUGUGGGGCCAGUGGAAGCUCAGGAGCCUCCACCUCCCACCUCUUGUCCCUGGCUUCCUGCACCUGCUGCAGCCCAACCUCCCCAUCUAUCUUCUUGGCCUGACUCAGAAACUCGGGCCUAUCUACAGGCUCCGCCUGGGGCUGCAAGAUGUGGUGGUGCUGAACUCUAAGAGGACCAUUGAAGAGGCCAUGGUCAGGAAGUGGGUGGACUUUGCCGGCAGACCCCAGCUACCAUCCUGUAAGGGGUUGGGGCAUUUCUUGAGGGAAGAACAGAAACUGGGGGAGACACGGAAGGUCAGGCCUGUGGCUUCCUUGGUCAAUUUGAACCCCCCAUCCCCUCCACCAUGCCUACUUGCAGACAAGCUGGUGUCUUGGCACGAUCAGGAUCUCUCACUAGGGGACUAUUCCCUGCUCUGGAAGGCCCACAAGAAGCUCACCCACACAGCCCUGCUGCUGGGCAUCCGCAACUCCAUGGAGCCCCUGGUGGAACAGCUGACCCAGGAGUUCUGCGAGCGCAUGAGAGCCCAGGCCGGCGCCCCUGUGGCCAUCCAGAAAGAAUUCUCUUUCCUCACCUGCAGCAUCAUCUGUUACCUCACCUUUGGAGACAAGGAGGACACCUUAGUACAUGCCUUUCACAACUGUGUCCAGGACUUGAUGAAAACCUGGGAACACUGGUCCAUCCAAGUUUUGAACAUCAUUCCCUUUCUCAGGUUCUUCCCCAACCCAGGCCUCUGGAGGCUGAAGCAGGCCAUGGAGAACAGGGACCACAUCGUAGAGAAGCAGCUGAGGUGGCACAAGGAGAGCAUGGUGGCAGGCCGGUGGAGGGACAUGACAGACUACAUGCUCCAAGCGGUGGGCAGGCCGACAGUGGAAGAGGGCCGUGGACAGCUCCUCGAAGGGCACGUGCAUAUGUCUGUGGUGGACCUUUUCAUCGGUGGCACCGAGACCACUGCAAGCACCCUCUCCUGGGCUGUGGCAUUCUUGCUUCACCACCCUGAGAUUCAGCAGCGACUACAAGACGAGUUGGAUCGUGAGCUGGGCCCCAGAGCCUUGGGCUUCCGAGUCCCAUACAAGGACCGCGCACGGCUGCCCUUGCUCAACGCCACCAUCGCCGAGGUGCUGCGCCUGCGGCCUGUUGUGCCCCUGGCUUUGCCGCACCGCACCACGCGGCCUACCAGCAUCUUCGGCUACGACAUUCCCAAGGGCACGGUCAUCAUCCCCAACCUCCAAGGCGCCCACCUGGACGAGACGGUCUGGGAGCAGCCACACGAGUUCCGGCCGGACCGCUUCCUGUACCCUGGCGCGAGCCCCAGAGCGCUCACCUUCGGCUGCGGCGCGCGCGUGUGCCUGGGCGAGCCGCUGGCGCGCCUCGAGCUCUUCGUGGUGCUGGCCCGCCUGCUCCAGGCCUUCACGCUGCUGCCGCCCGAGGGCGCCCUGCCCUCUCUGCAGCCCCAGCCCCACUGCGGCGUCAACCUCACCAUGCAGCCUUUCCAGGUGCGGCUGCAGCCCCGGGGGACGGGGACCCCGGGCCAGGGCCAGCGCCAGUGACAGAGCAGGACGCGCGCCGCUCACGUGCCUCAGUUUCUCCUUUUAUUGCUUCCCUACAACCCCCUUCCCUCCCCCCUGUAAACAUGGUGCUGUGAGAUCGCGGGUGGAGAAGGCUUCCUCCGGUGGCUGGGUGGUGACGGUGGCCCCUGGCUCUUCUCUCAGCGCGACCCCUCAGUGCUCGGCAGUCAUACUGGGGCGCGGGAGAGGUGAGCAGCGGCUCAGCCUCCCCGGGCGGGGGGCCGGUAGCUUCUUGGUCUCAGUUUCAUUUCCGUGAAGGGUACGGAGAAGUCGAAGCCCUUCCAGUAGUACCAGCUCACACCCUGGGAAGAGAGUUGUUGGGAGAGAGUCACAGCCAGACAUCCCCUCUGUUCCCACUCCUGCCCCUCUGGGAAGACGGUUCCCACAAAUCAAUCGAACUUCUUCCCUCCUGGCUCCCUUCACAACCCUCAACUGCGGAGGACUGUGGCUUAACCCGAGCUGGCCCUUCACAUCCAAUAAAUCAUCUCCUC